CGGGCCGGAAGUAGUCAUCCAGACGCUAGCAACAGCAUCUUUCGACCAUUCAAUGAGCUAAAACUUAGCAGUCUAAAGAUACUACAAUUUCCCUUUCGGCACUUAAUUUUACACUUAAUUCAUUUGUGUUAUUGAAAAGAGUGUACUUCGCAUCAGCUCCGAAAAGUCAUGGCAGCGGACUGGCUGGGUAGUUUGGUGUCAAUUAACUGUGGACCAACACUGGGAGUCUAUCAAGGAGAGGUGGUAUCUGUGGACCAGUCCAGCCAAACCAUCUCCUUAAAACAACCUUUCCAUAAUGGUGUCAAGUGCCCUGUUCCCGAGGUCACAUUCAGUGCCAUUGACAUAAAGGAACUAAAGAUUUUAGAUAUCAGAAAAGGCAAUGCUAGGAAUAGCUCUUCUACAAAGCUAAGUAGUGUUCCAGUUGCAGUCCCAAAGGGGGACCCCAUGUCUGUGGAGAAACUCAACUCUCCUCAGCACUGCUCCAAAAGCUAUGGAGAACGCCACCUGGAUGUACCCGGCCAGCCAAAAGGAUUUCGUCAAAGACACAACUCCUGGUCAUCUAGUAGCCGAGGGGCAAACCAAGCGACACCAAAAAAGAAUGGAGUGAAAAAUGGUCAGAUGAAGCACAGAGACGAUGAGUGUUUUGGGGAUGGCAUGGACGAUGGCCUGGAUACAGACUUUGAUUUUGAAGGAAACUUGGCUCUUUUUGACAAAGCAGCAGUUUUCUCAGAAAUCAACAUAUCAGAGCGCCGCAAUGGUGCAAGGUCGCGUGGAACGCCCCAAGAGCAGACCCCUUCACGGUACCGUCAUGAUGAAAACAUCCUGGAGGCCAAACCUAUUGUGUACAGACAGAUUACUGUACCACAGCCCGGGGCCAAAGAGUACUGCACUGACUCUGGGCUCGUUGUACCAAGUAUAUCCUAUGAACUACAUCAGCGUCUGUUGUCAGUCGCUGAGCGUCAUGGUCUCUCACUGGAGCGAAGACUUGAAAUGACUGGAGUGUGUGCAAGUCAGAUGGCACUUACAUUGCUGGGAGGGCCCAACAGAUUCACUCCCAAAAAUUUACAUCAGCGUCCCACAGUGGCUCUGCUCUGUGGCCCUCAUGUUCAGGGUGCUCAGGGAAUCAGCUGUGGUCGUCACCUGGCCAAUCAUGAAGUGGAGGUCAUCUUGUUUCUGCCAAACUUUGUCAAGAUGCUCGACUCAGUCACCAGCGAGCUCACGCUCUUCAACAAGACUAGUGGCAAACAGGUGUCUAGUAUGAAAGACCUUCCAGACUCCCCAGUAGACUUAAUCAUAAACUGCCUGGACUGCCACGAGAACACAUUCCUGUUGGAUCAGCCUUGGUACCGAGCAGCUGCAGACUGGGCUAACGAGAACCGAGCACCGGUACUCAGCUUAGACCCUCCUGGUAGGGGACAGGGGCAGGCUGUGGAGGCCAAGUGGUCUCUCUCUCUUUGCCUCCCCCUUCCCCUGGCUGAGGGAGCCGGCAGGGUUUACCUGUGUGACAUAGGGAUUCCUCGCCAGGUGUUCCAGGAAGUGGGAAUCAAGUACAUCUCUCCUUUCGGCUGCAAAUUUGUCAUUCCCUUGCACUCUCCAUAAUGGAACACAUGGUCAACAUGCCUCCAAGCCUAUUUGGGUUUUGGCACCUUAUAUUCCGGAGAUCAUCCAUCAAGUUUCUAAGUCACUAACAUGUGAAUGGGACCACUGUUUUGUAUAUUAGUUCAACCAGGACUAAGUGCAUAUGGACAGGAUAGGAAAGAGAUUUAUUGAAAAAGUAAAUAUGUUGACCAUCAAAGAAAUGAAGCAAUGAUGUACAAUAGAUGGCAUUAUAUUUUCAUGAUAAUACAAGAUAUUCGGAAGAAAGAUUUUUCAAAAAAUCCAAAAAUAAUACCACAUAGUGUUCAAUAGUUUUAGAUUUUUGACAAUACCUGAUUUAAAAUGGAAACAUUUAUGAAUGUCUCUUUAAUCUAACCUCAUUUCAAAGCCAUCGGUUGAAUGAAAUGGAGAUCCACCAUAUGAUACAUGCAAUUGUAUUGUUAUUACUAUAAUCUGGAUGAGACCGCAUAUAUCCAAUUGCUAAUGGCUUGGUGUAUCGUCCGCCAUAUACUUCAGCACUCUGUUACUGUUUUCUUGUGUUUAAUAAGGAUAGAAAAUCCAUUUAUAUUUCAUUUGAUAAGAUGAUAGAGGCAUGCAAAACCUCUAGCAAUCUUGCCUUUUAUUGAAAAACCUUUGCUAACAAAAUUUUGUUAGAAUGGGGAGCCAAAGUCAUGACGUCAGGCCCGGGCUAGCUUCUGUUCUAUUAGCUUCUAUAAGUCAAUCCAUUCAGCAUUUAUUUUAUUGGUAGCGUCAAGACAAUUAACCAUCCAAUAUUGCAGUUGUUUUAAGCAUUUGUUAAAGUAACAAAGUUAAAUGCUUACUAUGUGAGCAUGGAAAAAAAAAACUACAGCUCCCAUGAAAGAACUACCAGCGCGGAUACUUUGGUCAUUGUAACUUGAUUUUAUCCAUAUCCACAAAACGUUUGUAAGGCUGCUAAAAACAAAUAUUGAAUAACAAAAACAAAAAACACAUUUUCUGGGAAUAGAACCCAGAAAAAAGUUGCAGUUUCUGUUUGGCUAACUUUGGCUCUCUAUUGUAUCUGUUAAAGGACCAUACCAGAGUGUUUGCAAGUUUCACUUCCUUACAAGUCAUGUGUAUUAACGUGUUCGACCUUUCUUUUAAUUCAGACUACUGUACUCUUGUUACAUUUUUUUUUUGUUUCCAAUUAUUACAGUAUAAAGGAAAUUAAUUAGACUCAUAAGCUCUGUUAUGUUGCUAAUCCAUAGCAGUGAACAUAAAGUCUGCGGUAGUUAAAUUAUUUUUGUGUUAAUGUAAAUAAUGGCAUAACUCAAAAUCUGCACUGCAUUAACACUAAGAAAAAUGAAUGCAUACAUUGUCUAUGAUGGGCUAAAGUUUCAAGAGUAUCCUAGUAGAUUUUCAUGUUAUAUUAUAAUGAAUAUAAACCAAUAGAUGCCUGAAAGACAAAAUGCAUCAACAAUUCAAAAAAAAAACAGUAGCAUGGUUUUCAGAUGGUUAGUUGGGAUGUAAAAUGGAAGUGAUUGUAAUAAAUAGUAUGGUCCUUUACAUUUCAAACCACCUUUUAGGUCAGAUUGUCUACAGGUUACUUUUUUUUAACAAAGUUGUGUUGGUUGACAAAACAAGCAGCUUUUUUCUAAGGUAUAAAUGCUCUAUAUUUUUGAGAUUUGAUCAAGAUGCAACAUCUUGAGGAAUUAAAGAAGAGCUGCUUGUUUUGAGCUGCUUCAUGAGGCCUUGCCAGAUGGGUUGUGGGCAUCUCUACUAGAUUUUUUUUUUUUUUGACAAAAGUCAACCCCUUUGCUUGUUCAACAAGAGUACAUUCAUUUUGAAAUGUAUCCAAGACAGAUGUUUUGCUGUAUACCAAUAAGUACUUAAAUAUUGUGUCAUUGAGGUCAGCGUAGUCUAGAAAAGACUAAAGUGAAGCAGUUUCAGAAGUUACAAAUGACGUAAUUUGGGAUAUGGUUUAUGGUGUUGUAUUGUGUACACACAUUAACUUGUUAACAUCUCAGGAGGAUUAAAAAUAAUCCGCUGUGUACAUUAUCUGCAAAGGGUUCACAAACUGAUUCAGUGAAAAUGACUUUGACGCACAAAGGGUUUGUCCUUUCUCCAACAUUCCUCCGGGCUGAUGUGUUAUGUCACGUUUGUUGAGACAAGUCUGGCUUGAAAAUGUCCACCAGCCUUACUGAAUGUAAUGACUUGUCUUUUUCUUUGGCCGCCAGGGGGGCAUUAAACCACACUUGGUGGCUCUUCCUUAUUCUGUUGUAACGGCAGCUUUAUGUACUAUUUUUACAAACACUAGUGUUAUUUCUUUACGAAAUGUGAAGCGUCAGAAGCCAUGAGGUGGUCUGGCUUUUGUCAGUAAAGCACCUGUUUUAAAGGAAUAACAGUUUAAACGCAGGUUAUGCUUCUUGAGAAUUAUUGAAUUGGUUUACAUGUUUUAAAUCCUCAGAUCUGCACUGGGUGUUUAGUCCGUGCGACAACAUCGCAUUAUGGACUGUUUGCUUUGGGGAGCGAGGUCGAUUUUCAAAAUACUGUGCAUACUUGUGUCAUGUCUGCUGAGUGAAACAAUAAAAAAACUUCCACCCUUGCUCUAA